GAAGUAGUGCCUUUCGGUGCCGCGGCGUCCCACGAGCCGAUGCCGAGAGAGAGUUCCCGCGCCGCGGCGGCCGCCGGGUCUCCCCGCGGGACCCGGAGCGGCGGAGAGGACGCCGGGGGCCUGCGGCAGGACACAUCUAACAUGUCGUUUGAGGAGCUGUUGGAAUUGCAGAGCCAAGUGGAGACUAAGACAUACAAACAGUUGGCAGCUGGAAACAGUUCUAAGAAGCAAGGUUCUAGACCACGUGUCCAAAAUGCAUGUGCUGCAGAUAAGCACAGGCCUCUGGAAAUGUCAGCCAAGGUCCGGGUGCCAUUUUUGCGUCAAGUUGUCCCCAUCACUAAGAAGGUAGCCCGGGACCCCCGCUUUGAUGAUCUGUCAGGGGAAUACAGUCCUGAGGUGUUUGACAAAACGUAUGAAUUCCUGAAUGACAUCCGAGCCAAAGAGAAAGAGCUGGUGAAAAAGCAGUUGAAGAAGCACCAUUCGGGGCAGGAGCAUGAGAAACUGCACCAGCUGCUUCAGAGGAUGGAGCAGCAAGAAAUGGCACAGCAGGAACGCAGGCGGCAACAGGAGCUGCGCCUGGCCCUGAAGCAGGAGCAGAGGGCUCGGGCCCAGCAGGGCCAUCGGCCAUACUUCCUGAAGAAAUCUGAGCAGCGCCAGUUGGUCCUAGCUGAGAAGUUCAAGGAGCUAAAACGCAGCAAGAAGCUAGAGAGCUUUUUGAGUCGAAAGAGGCGCCGAAAUGCAGGCAAGGACCGGAGACAUCUCCCCUUGAGCAAAGAGUAAGGAACUGUCCUGAGCUCUGCCAUUGCUCCAGUGAGAAAUGGAUCUGUGGGGACAGACCUGGGCUUGGCCUGUUCUGGUUCUUUUCCAUUCAAGGGCAAGGAUCAUAGCUGCCCUUGAGCUAGAUUGGCUCAAAGACGACUGGAGGGCUCUUGGACUGCCCCAGCAUUGGAGAAGAGCAGCUCAACCUUGUGCUAUGCCACACUUCCUCCGCUUGGGUCUGGUUCAUCAUGUCCUCAUGGCCUCCCAUCCUUGCUUUAGACCAGUGAUUGUGGUAUAGAAGAGAAAGGGCCAGUGAGUGGUCUUAAGGCUGGUGAAGGCCUUGAAGUCCGUGCAUGGCUCCUCGGGCUGGGACUUUAUGUAAGAGCCAAUUCAUAAACAUUCCUGUCAUUCUUUUUUUUCUGCUUUUUUGGUGGGCUUUGUGAGUGGCCUAGAACUACUGUUUCAGUGGGGCCACUUGUGGGGGCUGGCAGCAAACAUAAGGCUCCCACAAAGAAGGAAGUCAGAUCAGAGACUCCUCCUACUUAAACCUCAAAGAAGACACAGUCAUUGAAAGAGUGAACCACUCCCACAACUCACCUACUUAGCUUUGGUUUUUGAU